UUUCUAGCCAUUCCGUUGCUUGCAGAAAGUGUCUUGUAGACUCAGUUGCUUGGGAAGGUUUGAUGGAUCUAGAUCCGAUGAGUGACGUCGCAUUAGGAACCGAGAAACAGCCGAGCAUGGUGGCUGGGGAAACCGGCAGCACGGUCGCCGGUGGAGGGAUGGACGCAGAUGGUGGCAGUGCUGUCGUACGUAUCAUUCAGCAGGAGCAGAACACGGGCACAGAAGAUGGCCUAGAGAAAAUUCCACUCGAGAGGUAAUCCUUGUACGGAAACUAAUAUUUUAUUUUGGUAGUCAUGAAUAAUCCUGCUACUAGUGAUGAUCGUGGUUUCUAUGUAGGGUGAUAGUUGAUAAUUAAGUUGCUGAUGCUCCCAUUCCUAGUUGCUUUUAUCAACCAUCAGCAGUAGUGCCCAAAUUAGGGCAAUUAUUCAAGGAAGACAUAGAUGGGUUUGCAUUUUAUAAUCUUUAUGCUGGAUUCCAUGGUUUCGGUAUUAGGCGUCACAAGAAAAGAGAUAGGAAUGGAGGUGUGAAAAGCAUGCAAGAGUACUGCUGUGUACGCCAAGUGCGUGUGUAAAAUUUGUACUUGUAGAUUGAGUACAAAUGCCUCUGUUUAUUCAUUUGCAUCUUUCAUAUUGAACAGGGGAUAGACAAAAGUACGAAAGGUGCAUCAACUAGGAUUGGUUGCAAAGCUAUGAUUAGGCUUAACCGUUUUUCAGAGAGGCAACAAUGGAUGGUGACAAAAUUUGUCAGUGUUCAUAACCACGAACUUAAAAAAUAAAUAAGCAUUACUAAUCAGUAUAGGUCCCACAACUAUAUUGAUGAUGGCACGAAGAGUAUCGUGCAAGGUUUGGUAGACAAUGAGAUGCCUCCGACGGGCAUGUACGGAUUGCUUUCAGGAAUGCAUGGAGGCCCUGGUUUGGCGCCUUUUACAAGAAGGGUGGUGAACAGAUUGGCCUAUUCUAUUUGGAGAGAUGAUUGUGCGGAUGAUAUUGAGAAAACAUUGGAGUACUUUCAAGAGCUGCAGAGUCGGAGCAAGAACUUGUAUUACACCAUGCAGACAGAUGGGGCUGGUAGGAUUUAAAAUCUAUUUUGGUCGCAUGCACUGUCGAGACUUAGUUUUGAGCACUUUGGUGAUGUUGUUAUGUUUGAUACAACAUAUCAGACAAAUAUGUAUAACAUGCCUCUUGGUGUUUUUGUUGGGGUGAAUAAUCAUUGCCAAACUGUAGUAUUUGGUUGUGCAAUGAUGAGAGAGGAAACAGUGGAAUCUUUCAAAUGGUUGUUCCGCGCUUUUAGUAAGGCGAUGCAUUGGAAGAAACCAGCGGCAAUUCUCACAGAUAACUGCUAUCAGAUGGAAGCGGCGAUCAAAGCUGUGUGGCCUGGUGCGUAUCACAGAGUUUGCAAGUGGCAUAUUUUGAAGAACGCUAAAGAGAACCUUGGAAACAUAUAUAGCAAGAGGAGCACAUUCAAGGAUGAGUUUCAUAGAGUUCUGAAUGAACCGCAGACAAUAGACGAGUUUGAAAAAGCAUGGACUGAUUUAAUCAAGAGGUAUAAUCUAGAGGAGAGUGUGUACUUGAAACGGAUGUGGGAUAUUAAGGAGAAGUGGGCUCCUGUUUACUUCAAGUCUUAUUUUUUUGCUAAAAUGUCGACCACUCAGAGAAGUGAGAGCAUGAAUCAUGUUCUGAAGAAGUAUGUGAGGCCAUCUUCCCUAAUGAAUGUGCUUGUUAGAAAGUAUGAAAGUUUCUUUUAUGACAGAAUUCAGGAGGAAGACGCAGAGGAGUUUCACACAUCUGAUGACAAGGUGAUUACAGCAACGAAGUCGCCUUUGGAAAAACAUGUUGCACGUGUUUACACAAGAGGUGCUUACAAAAAGUUCAAGGAACAAUUUGUGUGGAGUGUCUCGUAUGAUAUAAGACCAUCGAUGGAUGAACAUCAUUUUAUGGUGAUACAUAUGGGCGAAGAAAAGGAUAGCUGGGGCAGGAGAGAGUAUGAUGUGUAUGCAAAUAUCGGUGAGAGAGAAUUUUCUUGUGUCUGCAAACUGUUUGAGCACUUGGGAAUACUAUGCCGGGACAUAUUGAAGGUUAUGGUGCAGUUCGGGUUCAGGGAGAUACCAGAACAGUACGUGAAGAAGAGGUGGACUAGAAGUGCUAGAGAUUCCAUCCCAGAACACCUAAAAGAGUACGUAAAUGAUAAUGAAGCUGCUGCGUCGAGGACUUAUCGACAUGACCUAAUGUAUCAGACGGCACUCGAUAUGGUUAGGCUCGGUGAUACGAACACAGAGUCGUAUCGGAAGACUAUGGAUGUCAUGUGCAAGCACAUUAGUGAUUUGAAAAUACUGGCUGCCACAGAAGAAACAAACACCAAGGAGAGUAGAAAGAGUGAAAGAUUAUCAGGGAAGAUAGUUGCUGCUGAUGUGAUGAGUGAGUUCGACGAGGACCUGCUGAACGAUAACUUUGUAGAUGACUUUGAGGCAGAAGAAGGUGCUGGUGAAGAAUCGUUUGAUGAGGAAAUAGAAGGUCAGGAGUUUGUAGAAACUCCAUUUGGAUGUGACAUACUUCCUCCAGAAUUUAGAAGAGGGAGGGGACGACCUAAAGUCCGAAGGUUCAAGUCAAAGGCAGAAAUGGCGUCUCGGCAUGGUAAGAAAAGCGGACACGUAUCCCAAAUGAAAAAUGUUGAAACUGGGAGUAGUUCUGCGGGGGCUAGACCGAUGCAAAUUAGGUAUUGUGACAGCUGUGGUCAGCAAGGACACAAUAAAAGUACGUGUGGCCGUGAUUCGACUUACAAGAGAAAGUAGGGAGUGUGUCUAAUGUGAUGUGAGACACAUACUUUUUAUUUUUAAGAGGAUUUUAUGCUGUGACAUUUUACUUAGGUUUUUGUAUUAUGUACGUUCAAAAAUUGCUCGGAUACUUGUGUGUCGAACGAUUGAUACUUCUUGUUAUUUGUCUACUUAUGAACUCGUUUGUUGGUGAAAUAUAUUGUGAUUUCAAACCAAGUUAAUAGU